UGACUCCGCGGACCACAUCCCAAAAUUGUCGUUCGAAUCGUUCGAGUCAGAACCUUGAUUUAAACAAUUGACGCUCUUUUCGAAUGUCUGUCUGAGUUCUCGGAACCAUAACGACGCACAGACAUAAGCACUGAGCCCUCACUUGAGUCUAGCAACUCAGAAUGAACACGUCCCGAGUGUCUGAUUCUUGGGACGACUUCUAUGAGUCUGACGAAGGACUGUUUUGGCAGAAGCCCUGCCCUCCGACACCAACAUCUACCACUGCACUACGAGAAUCCGCAGCCGAUCCGUGCACAUCGGAUUCACCAACGCUUCCUCUAUUAUCCUCUCCGUCAUCUGUUUGGAAUCCGUACAUCGAGCCAUGUCGUAAUCUUCCAGAUAGAAACACACACCUGUGGAGCGGAAACCAUGCCACAUCACGAGGAGCGCAAACCUAUACACCGGCAAUAACUGCUGUGUCUCCUCGGCCACAACAAAUUCAGCAGUGGCCUGCGCAACCUUCACUUCAGUCUCUUGACAAUCUUGACUUUCUCACACUUAUACCAGGGGAUGCAGCUCUUUCAAUCAGUCUACCCAGCGGUGGUAUAUCUACCAUAAAUGGUCUUAUCGUGGAAGUCAUCGCAGAGAAAUGCCCCCUUCUAGCGUACUCGUUCGAGUCUGGCGAGUCUGGUUCUCCUCGCGCGAGCGUCGAGGCCCCUUCUCGUGUUCUCAUCAUAUGUCUGCUCCGAUUCAUCUACGUUGGUGACUACUUGGAUGGUGUGGAUGGGUGUUCAAUACUUGUGCAUGCACAAUUAUGCCGCAUGGCUGAAUUGUUCGAAAUUCCAGAGCUUCAAGUAAUGGCCCAUGCGAACGUCAUUAGAGAGACUGAAGUUUCGUGUUCGAAACCCACUCCGCCCGCAGAUCUAUGCGAAGCAAUUCGGUUCAUUUUCGACCAUCUCGCAGAUCAGACGCCUUUGGUGGACACUAUACUUCAUUACUGCGUUCAUUGCUUUCUCUACCACCAGCUUAACACCAACGAUGAAUUCCAAAAGCUUACCUUUGAGAUGCGAAAGUUCACACAGGAGCUUUGUCGAACAAACUUCCAGCGCGGAUUUGAAGAUGACGGUGCCAUUGACAUUGUCAGACUCCAGACUGAGGAAGCGACACCGUUCACUCGCGCAGAGCAGACGCGCAUGGCGCUCGGAGACUUCUUAUAUGACUUUCACGGUCUUGAUUCGUACUCUGACGUGGACUGUAACACGCACACUCGAAGAGACCGAAAUUCCACAGCUGAAUGCGUGUUUGUACAUCGACCUAAACACCGUGGUAUAUAUACCAGCAGCGACGAGUCUGAUGAAGAAACUACGCCGUUCGAUUUCACACUCGUGCGCCGCCCAAAAGCAAAUGCCCAUUGGGUGAAGGCUAUAAACGAGCUUGAUAGCAGUUCUUCUGGGCUAGAAAUGGAAAAUAACGAUGAGCGGAUGUCCCGAGUAGGGCACAUCUGCCACCAAGUAGAAGCUGAAGUAUAUGAAGCAGACCAUAGCAUGUCGGAAUCAGAUUCAGACUACGACGAGGCACGAGCGUCUGGUGCGGCAAAAAUUGGAUCGCUUUAUGUGCGCAACAAAGAAGCUGAUGAAGGCGAUUUGACAGCAUCUUUCGCAACAAUAAAGCCGCAGCACGAAGCGAAUCGGGGAGGAAGUGCUCCGUCACACAAUGACGAAAAAUCCGACUCGGAUUGGUCUUUAUUAUGAUGCAUACUACAUCUCUUACCAUAUUUUAGAGGUGAAAAACAAAAUGAGGUAUGUGCAUUUAGCUGGAAGUAGGUAGGAAAAGAGAGGAAUUCAGCAAUGCCAUGACGCCAUGACUUUCACCAUCCACGUAAUCAUAGCUUGUAGGAAUCCUACACCGCAUAGAAUGACAGACUUCGAAACGAUUCAUUCGUUUCGAUGCCCGCUUUACACAUCAAGGCGGUGAAAAAUGUCCACGACAAGAAUGAACCGAGGGACAUGAACCACACUAGUGUACUACUGUGUAGGUAGAUCGAGCCUAGGAGCUGUAAC